GUAGAUGAGGUUACUAAGAUUCUGCAUCGCAAGAUUCGCCAAGAUAACUCGGGAAGGGUUAGGCGACAAGUGGCUAUACCUAAUGAUGAUAAGUUGGUGCCUUUAUUGAUGAAGAAAUAUCAUCAAGAUAGAGCCCAUGUUGGUAUAUCUGGUACACUGCAAGCCAUGUUGAAGGUGGUUUGGUGGAAAGAUAUACGUAAGAAUGUACGAGACUAUGUGAG